GCGUCUGAGUGCUGACAUUUCCGACAGCACUUUAAGGCAGCACUUGUUGAAUUCAGGGUGACGCGCAGCUCUGACCCGACAAAAACUCCACGGAACAAACUAAAGUGAGGGAAAAACAAUUAUGAAAGCUACAGGGGAUAUAACUACAGCGACCUUAGGAUCCUUCCUUCUGCUGCUUUGCGUGUGUUCAGUCAGAGCUGACUACUGUGAGGUGAACUCUUGCCACAAUGGAGCCACGUGUGUGAUGGGAGUAGGAGAGGACCCUUUCAUCUGCAUCUGCACAGAUGGCUUCGCUGGGGACACCUGUAACCUGACAGAGACAGGACCCUGCAGCCCAAACCCCUGUAAGAAUGACGGGUCUUGCGAGGUCGUCGCUCCGACCAGACGGGGGGACGUCUUCAACGAAUACGUCUGCAGGUGUCAGCCCGGCUUUGAAGGAGUGCACUGCCAGAUUAGUAAGCUGUUGUUGCCUUACCCUUGCUUGCUGAUGUCAAUUAGUAUUACAACUCCCAAGCUAAUCUUUGUUUUUAUUUAAGAUGUUUGGAAGGGCUUUUAUAA